AUUUCAAAUAAUUUUUCAUUUAAAAAACCAUUUUGAUAAAUAAUAUCUUUCUUCCUUUUUUUAUUUCAUAAAUCCGAAUGAAGUCAUUUUUAUGCAUCAAAUAAUAUUGAUCCAAAGUCGGCAAGAAAAUAAGAAACGUGGAAAGAUUUAUAAAGUACCGGAGGAAUCACGAGAACAAGGGCUCUUAAGCUCUAAUCACUUCGAAGAAGAGCUGGCAGAGGGAAUGGGAAAAGACAAUUCUAUCGACAAAGAAGGGGUAAUAUCAGAACCAGACACAUCUCUGCUACUGAGCGAAAAUUUACUCGAGACAGACGGUAGACCUUCUAGUUCUUUGCUUGACAUGUACAUGUACCCAUCGGAAACUCGAGACAGUUACACUCGGAAAUUAACUAAGGAUCAUCGCAAAUCAGGCAAUAAAAAGCAGGAUGAAUCAAAAUUGUAUCAUGCGAAAGGAAUGAGAUCAUUUAUUUCUAAUUCAGACCAUCAUAGAUCUUACUUGAUUCCUGCUAACAGAAACUACAACUAUUAUCAUAGAUCGGGGCCUUUGAUAAAGAAUUAUCAUCUUAGAGAUGAUGGACCUCAACCUUAUUGGGCCUCUAUUCGUAACUCCGGCCAAAAAUAUUUCACGAUCGAGUCAUAUUACGAUGACAACAUUAAAACUACUCACCCUAAUAGUCCUAUCAUUUCCACAACUCCCACCUCUAAAACGCAUCAUAGGGUUAAAGUUUUAAGGCGCAAAAAGAUAACCACGACUCCGACUCAAAAUCUGCUAAUAUCUACCGUGGUGGUUAGGAGAAGAAAGAAAAUACGAAAGAAAAAACCUCUCGUUCUCAAUGAAAAUAUUACUGAUGUAGCGCUUGGAAUCUCAACCUUGGCAACCAACGUUAAAUUUUCUAUUGACGAACUGACCCAUCCCGCAGUGAAAGCUAAUGCUAAAGAGAGUGAUUCUAAAACAGCUAAUAGUAUGGACGAAAAUGUAGGCCUUAAAAAGGACAAAAUAAGCAUUGAAGAUGAAGAUGGGAACGACGAGGAACAAGAGGAAACGGGGGAAGUCGGAACAAAUGAAGGAGUAAAAUAUGGUCGUAAUAAUAACGAAAAUGUAGAAUUCAAUAAGAAAUUAAGCACAGAAAGACCCGUAUUAAUAGAGGAAGAGAUAUUGAUCACCAGAGUCUCACCCGACGAAUUAUAUAAAAAACACAGAAGCAAAACUGUUAAAAGUGGAAAAACUAAGAUGAUUACGCCCAUCGAAGUACAGGAGAGACAGGGUCCUGACAUAACUCAGGAACCAGUCCCACAAAAUCACCCCAAAAAACAUAUAUCAAGAGAAGAUAUCACCAAAAAGCUACUAAACGUUACGAAAAAGAUUCCACUACCACCGUGGGCCUUGGUAGCAAUCGCUUGCCUUGGGAUAUUGCUCCUGCUUUGUUGCUUGUACUAUUCUAUGAGGAAAUUAUGGAGGAAAAAGAAGAAAGAAGGUAAAAAGGGUUUAAAAGGCAUCGUAGAUUUAAAACAAGUCCAGGUCUUGGGGACAGGCUUGAAAGAAAAGGUGCAACCGGAAAUGGAAGAAUUAGAAGUGAAUAUGGAACACAAUGAAGAUGCUCAGUCAAACAAAUCUGAGAAGCAUUUAGGGAGAUUGAAAUAUAAAUUAGAUUACGAUUUCCAACAAAAUCAGUUGGCAGUAUCGGUGAUAGAAGCCCAGGAAUUACCGGGGAUGGAUAUAUCUGGAACAUCUGAUCCAUACGUGAAGGUUUAUCUCAUGCCCGAUAAAAAGAAGAAAUUCGAAACGAAAGUUCAUAGAAAAACUUUGAACCCCGUUUUCGACGAAACAUUCAUUUUUAAAAUGCCAUAUUCAGAACUUGGAGCCAAGACGCUCAUAUUCGCUAUUUACGAUUUUGAUCGAUUUUCUAAACAUGAUCAAAUAGGGGAAGUAAGACUUCCGUUGAAGCAUAUAGAUCUUGGUCAAGUGGUUGAAGAUUGGAAAGAUAUAACUUCGGCACAAGUGGAAGACGGAAAAGGAAGCCACUUGGGGGAUAUUUGCUUUUCAUUGAGGUACGUUCCGACUGCUGGAAAAUUAACAAUCGUUGUAUUAGAAGCCAAAAAUCUCAAAAAAAUGGAUGUGGGUGGUUUGUCAGAUCCUUACGUAAAAAUAGCUCUGAUGCAGAACGGAAAGCGGAUAAAAAAGAAAAAGACUAGUAUCAAAAAAUGUACCCUCAACCCUUAUUAUAACGAGUCCUUUACGUUUGAAGUGCCGUUCGAACAAAUCCAAAAAGUGUCUUUAAUAAUAACGGUCAUCGAUUACGACAGAAUAGGAAGUUCUGAAGCUAUCGGGAAAGUUGUAUUGGGUUGUAAUGCGACAGGUGUCGAACUCAGACAUUGGAGCGAUAUGUUAGCUCAGCCAAGAAGACCUAUAGCUCUAUGGCAUACACUUCAAGAAAUGGAUGAUUAA